AUGCAACCGCCACAUCAGCAUUUGCGGAUCAAUCUCAUUGAGUUGAAAGCUCAGUUAAUAAAGCGGCUUGGGCCGGAGAGAUCGAAGCUAUACUUUCAUUAUUUGAAUAAACUAUUGAACUUAAAGAUAAGCAAAAUUGAGUUCAAUAAGCUCUGUUUUCGUGUUCUUGGGAGAGAGAAUGUUAGACUACACAAUCUCUUAAUCUCUUCAAUAUUGAAAAAUGCUUGUCUUGCCAAAGUCCCUCCACCGCCGGUGACUGGUGAUGAGAAUCAGCAAAGUGGGAAUGUUCUAUUGUUGCCUGGGAAAGCAAGAUCUAGAGCAUCCACUAGGCUUAAUGCCAAGGUGGAUUCUGCCUUUCAUGAAUCAAUAAUUACUAAUGAAAAUGUUGUCUCUGGGAAUGGCAAGCUGACUUGUCGUGAUAUACGGAAGCCGGUGCAGCAUCAUCAAGAAGUCUUGGGCAAAGCAGAUGACGGAAGGGAUGUUCUGCUUCACAACCCUGAGAUGUUACCUUUAACAAAAGGAUCAGCUGGUGGUUUUCUUUCUGAAGAUCGCAGAGAAAAAAGUGAACCAUUGGUUGUUGAAGAUGGAAAGGAGUUAUGUGCUAGAAGUUCAUUGCAAGCACCACUUGGGAUAUCAUUAUUUUCUGAUAGUAUUUCUGGGGCCCGAAGGGCGCUGCCUUCUGUGAGAAGUGGUGGAUAUUCCAACUCAUAUGAUACUGGUGGAUUGCUUGACUCUGAGGCACUGAGGGAACGCAUGCAACAAAUAGCUGCAUUGGAGGGCCUUGGAGGUGUGUCAAUGGACUGUGCCAGUAUAUUGAGCAAUGGGUUGGAUAUCUACUUAAAGAGGUUAAUUAGGAUGUGCAUUGAGCUAGUAGGAACUCGGCAUGGAUGUAAUUUGAGAAAAAACAACACACUCAAGCACCAUUUGUAUGGGAAGCUUGUUAAUGGUGUCUUGCCAAGUCAUCAUAAUCAUGUGCAAAAUAGCAGUAGAGCUUUAGAAGGGAUAGAUGGACAGAUAUCCUACAAACUUAUUUCUUUGCUGGAUUUCAAAGUUGCGAUGGAAUUGAACCCACAGGGACUAGGGGAAGACUGGCCAUUACUGCUUGAGAAGAUAUAUAUGCGUUCAUUCGAGGAAUAA